AGGAAUGAAUGAAUGAACCUGCACAAGCUGUGCAAGAGAGUCUAGCAGAAUGGAGCCAAGCACCUGUAAGACCAGUGAAUCCGAGGAAGACUAUGCUGAGGAAGAGGACUCGGAGGAAGAAUGCAUCAAAGUGGAAGCCCCCAUCCCUCCUCACCCUCCCCCACAGGUGCUCCUGAAAGAAAACUAUAAGGCACUGGAGAAUAGAAUUCCCUUAUCCAUUGUAGCCAAGAAAAUCAUAACCCCUAACAACGACUUCGAAGCUGGGAGGAGGAGGAGAAGGCGGAAACGCAGACCCCUGGCUAUCAAUCUGUCUGGCUGCAAAUACGAGAGUGUGCGACGGGCAGCCCAGAUAUGUGGCCUGAAGGAGGUGGGAGAUGAGGAAGAGUGGACUGUGUACUGGACAGACUGUUCUGUGUCACUCGAGCGAGUCAUGGAAAUGAAGAGGUUUCAGAAAAUCAACCACUUCCCUGGCAUGACAGAAAUCUGCCGCAAAGACCUGCUGGCGCGGAACCUCAACCGCAUGCAGAAACUCUACCCUACCGAGUAUUGCAUCUUCCCCCGCACCUGGUGCCUCCCCGCCGACUAUGGGGACUUCCAGUCCUAUGGUCGCCAGCGAAAAACUCGCACUUACAUCUGCAAGCCCGACAGUGGCUGCCAGGGACGCGGCAUCUUCAUCACUCGGAAUCCUCGGGACAUCAAGCCGGGGGAACAUAUGAUCUGUCAGCAAUACAUUUCCAAGCCCUUCCUGAUUGACGGCUUCAAGUUUGACAUGCGUGUCUAUGUCCUGAUCACAUCAUGCGACCCCCUCCGCAUCUUCAUGUACGAGGAGGGUCUGGCCCGCUUCGCCACCAUGCCCUACAUGGAGCCUAGCUCCAACAACCUGGAGGACGUCUGUAUGCACCUGACCAACUAUGCCAUCAACAAACACAAUGAGAAUUUUGUGCGGGAUGAUGCUAUGGGCAGUAAGAGGAAGCUGUCGACACUCAACACCUGGCUGCGGGAGCACAGCUACGAGCCUCGGGAACUGUGGGGGGACAUCGAGGACAUCAUCAUCAAAACCGUCAUCUCAGCCCACUCGGUCCUGCGCCACAACUACCGCACCUGUUUUCCCCAGUACCUGAGCGGAGGUACAUGUGCCUGCUUUGAGAUCCUGGGUUUUGACAUCUUGCUGGACCACAAGCUGAAGCCCUGGCUGCUGGAGGUCAACCACUCUCCCAGCUUCACCACGGACUCUCGCCUGGACCGCGAGGUGAAGGACGCACUGCUCUGUGACGCCAUGACGCUUGUCAACCUCCGGGGCUGCGACAAGAAGAAAGUGAUCGAGGAGGACAAGCGGCGGGUUAAGGAGCGGCUGUUCCAGUGCCACCCGCUGCCACGGGAACCCAGGCGAGAACACAUCGAGUCAUCCCAUUCUGCCAUGCUGGACCAGCAGCGAUACGAGGACUCUCAUCUCGGGGGGUACCGGAGGAUCUAUCCUGGACCCGACACGGAGAAGUACGCACCCUUCUUCAAGCACAAUGGUUCCCUCUUCCAGGAGACAGCCGCCUCCAAGGCCAGGGAGGAGUGUGCCAGGCAGCAGCUGGAAGAGAUCCGCCUUAAGCAGGAACAGCAUGACCCCUUGGGCACUAGAAGGCGAAAGGAAAGCAGGGACCAGAACCAAGGGGAAUCCGCCGGGGAGAAGAGCCGAGCCAAGCCGGGCCCUCGGGGCUUUGCCACCCAUCUGGCUUUCAGGAAACGGAUCCAGGAGAAAGAGCUGGUUCCUGUAUACCUGGACACUAUGCAACCCCAAGAAAUUGUGGAAGAGGAGGAGCUGGAGCGCAUGAAGGCCCUUAUGCAAAGGGAGACCCUUAUCCGGAGCAUGGGUGUGGUCCAGCAGCUCACCCGCAUGCUGCACCCCAGCCAGCAGAGCCAGAGACGGCUGCAUGAGUACCGGGACGGGCCUAGUGGUCAGGAACUGCAAACUGUGAACCUGGUCCCACUGGUGCUCCUGACAGGAGCCAUCGCAAAGCAGGUCCCUCCUCACCUCCUGCAUCCAGUUCGGACCCACGAACUGACCCCCAGGAUCUUAGGGCCACUGUCGAAUGUGAACACCACCACCCCACACCAGCCCCGCUGCCACCUGCAGUCCAAGAACUUCAGCUGGCUAGCAGACCCAGCAGGCAUCAGCCCCUGCUCACUGCCAAUGAAGCAACUCGGGAGGCACUGUGUUUCCAGCACCCGAAUGCGGCUCACCAGCAAAGGCCACGCCAGCAGAAGGCUAGAAGCCAUAAACCGUGCCCUGUCUGGGUCAGUGCCGCCCAGUUUAACCCCCAAGCAAGGCUACUUCUUGCACCCAGAGAGACUGGCAUGUGAGUCGUGGACUGGACACACUUUGCCCUCCAUGCUAAGCUCUGAACCCUUGGCCACCACAACGCUCAGCCUCUAUCGCGCCUCUGCCCCGAUGCAGCAGCGUUCCAGCGCCCUCUUCCGCAUCAGCCAGCACUGGUGA